AUGGCGUUAUUCAAUCUCAACUCCAUGACAUCAUUUUCUCAUCUGCUUGGAUCAUCCACAAAGAUUCUGAUGCUAAUUCCGGAAUAUUAUGAUCAGUGGGUAGAUCGUAUGCAAGACUACUUGAAUGGAUUGGAUGAGGAACUAUGGAAUUGUAUUUCAGGCGAAAUCAAUCCACCUGCAAUAGUUCAGCCAAUUGGUUCAUCUUCAACCAAUUCAGAGGUUGAUAAUCAAUCUAAUCGUCUGAAACAGCUGGAGAAGAGGUGUAUGAGGGAAUUAAGAGGUGCUUUGCCUCCUGUUGUGUACAACUAUGUCAGGACUUGCACAACAGCUAAAGAAAUCUGGAACAACCUCAAAGAUAAAUUUCAAGGCAGUGAGAAGACGAAGAUCACUUCUGUGAAACAAUGUCCAGUGGAACUCAAUGAUUUCAAACAGAAGGAGUCUGAAUCCAUUGAAGUAUAUUAUGAUCGGUUCAACAAGUUAAUCUACCGUUGCAAUCGUUAUGGUAUCAUAAGGUCAUCAGUGGAGUUCAACUUGAUAUUUGUGAUGCGACUUCGAAAGGAAUGGAUGAGUGUAAGUAUGAUGGUGAAAAACCAUCAGAGCUUUGACACUUCGACUUUAAAUGACUUAUAUAAUCAAUUGAAAUCUCAUGAAAAUGAGGUUAAUGAAAUAGUUGACGAAGCAAUGGCGAGUCUUGGUGGUCCAUUGGCUCUAAUUUCGAAGGUUUCAGAAAAAGAGAGUGAAAAAUCAAAUCAAGUAAUGAAAUUUUUUAAGAAACCUUUUAAUACAAAGAACAAGUCAUCAGAUUCGAAGGGAAGUUUUGAGAACAAAAGUGGAAUGGUUGAGAAGAUGAAGGAAGAAAAGAAGGAUUUGAAGAAUGGAGUGGAGAAAAUGGAAAAGAAGUGA